GAGGCUCAUAUCUACCAACCGGAAAUUCACAAUUUGGGUUCACAAUGAAUGAUGAGGUUCAAAGUGUGAUACCCCACAAAGUCAGUUUGGAUCCGACCAGUCGGCUUCAACCCACAUCACAAUACAAGCUGAAACAUUGUCUCAGCAUCAAUCGUGAGUGGGUCGGCGAACAUAGAGCGGCUCAUAGACGUCCGUCCAAAA